CAGGUUGAGAAAGAGCUGAAGAACAUCUGUAAUGAUAUUCUGAACGUACUGGACAAGCACCUAAUUCCUGCUGCUAACACUGGAGAGUCUAAGGUCUUCUACUACAAAAUGAAGGGUGACUAUCACAGGUACUUGGCAGAGUUUGCCACGGGCAACGACAGGAAGGAGGCAGCGGAGAACAGUCUCGUGGCCUACAAAGCAGCCAGCGAUAUAGCCAUGACUGAGCUGCCACCCACACAUCCCAUUCGUCUGGGCCUUGCCCUAAACUUCUCUGUGUUCUACUAUGAGAUCCUCAACUCCCCUGAUCGUGCUUGCAGGUUGGCAAAGGCUGCGUUUGAUGAUGCUAUCGCAGAACUGGAUACGUUGAGCGAAGAAAGCUACAAGGACUCCACACUUAUCAUGCAGUUGUUACGUGACAACCUGACACUAUGGACUUCAGAUAUGCAGGGAGAUGGUGACGAGCAGAGCAAAGAGCAACUGCAAGAUACUGACGAGCAGCAGCAGCAGCAGCAGCAGCAGUGAGACUAAGCCACCAACAGCCAACAACUUGACACCCUCCCUUCACCUCCUCACACUCCUGCCCCUUCCCUCUUCCUCCCCCUUUCUUCCCUCUCUGUGAGUCAUCCUCCUCUAUUUUCCUCUUUUCCUUUUUCCUUUCUGUAGCUCUGCAGCUCCAAGACUCAUCAGGGCCAUGGAGUGUUUUUUUUGUUUGUUUGUUUUUUAAUUAAUUUUUUUUAUAUUAUCCUUCACAUUAUUCG